CAAGACUAGUUAGUUGAAAGACCGGUUCCUUUAAGACUCCUGGUCGACGACCAGCUCGUUUAUAUUCGGCGUUGCCGGGACACGUUGUUGUACCCAGCUAUAAAUGUUUUUUUAUGAAUUUCACAAAAUUGUUUCCGAGGAUUCAUGAUUCCCCGUUGAUUGUGAAAGAACGUUUAAACAAUGGUUCCGUUUAACUUAACUCCUUUCGCGUCGAUUGUGUUGAUCUGUGCAAUCGCUGGCGUCUUGUCGGAACUGCCGGAUUUCCUCAAAUUUUACCACGAUCCGAGCGGAGAAGGACUCUACCAAAAUUUCAGCCAAUUGAUCCCGUUGAAUUCGGAUAACUUCGACGAAGAGGUCUACAGAAGCCGGACUUCCUGGCUAAUAGAAUUUUAUAACAGUUGGUGCGGUGACUGUCACAGGUUUUCACCCACGUGGAAAAAACUCACCCUAGAUCUGCAAAAUUGGAGAAGUGUCGUGAAGAUCGGAGCUGUCGACUGCACAAACCCGAAAAACACUAAACUUUGCAGAGAAUACGAAAUCAAAUUUUUCCCCACGGUCAAGUACUUUCCAUCUUACCUCGAACAGAAAUAUUACGGCUUACCGAUCGACAACUUUACUUCGAUGGAGGGUAUAAAGCACUUCGUCAUAGACAGACUUCGUGAAAGGAAUAAUUUGCCCGUUCUUGUUCCGUUUAACGGUUUGUUGGAGGAUAUUUGGUCGAAAACUAACGCAAGCCAUGCAUUGGCAGUCGUUGAGUCCAUGUCUUCUUACACGGGAUCAGAAUUGGUCCUUGACCUCAUUGGGUCAUCCGAGCUAACAGUGUUAAUAGUCGAACCUAGCAACCAAAGAUUUUUGGACUCGCUACCUUCUAUGAACGUACCCGCGGCGUAUUUUAUAGAAAAGAACGGUACCGUCGAUACAUUACCUCGGUUCAACAGAGACGAGAUCCUGUACGAUGUCAGUUACAGGUUAUCUCAGAAAGGAAUCGACAUUCCACAGCCGAAGAAUUAUACCGAUUACGAUUUUGCGCUUCUGACAAAAGAAAAUGUAGAUUCGACGUUGAACUUUCAGCUGCGGAUUAAAGAGAAGUUAUAUCCGAAAAAAUUCGACUCGACGGUGUUCCGUGUUGACAUCGAAGGGGCGCUCAGUCAGUCGCUUUUCAUCGAAAUCCCUUCUAGAAACGAGAUUUCCGGAUGUAUGCUCACCGCUCUCCAGAACUACACUAAAAUCCUCAAAGAUUACUUUCCAGCGGGAGCGAACGGUAAAAACUUUUUACGGUGCGUUCACGUUGGAGUCGCUGACCAAGUGACCUUCUCCGGAGCUCUUUUCUACAAGCUGGUGGAAAAUUGUCUAAACAAGUACGAACCGGUUUUUCUGCCCUCCACGGAAAGGUGGAUCGGCUGCAAAGGGAGCACCGUCUUCUUCAGAGGGUACCCGUGUUCCCUCUGGACCAUGUUCCACACUCUGACAGUACAGGCGUACGUCAAGGGGACCGACGAACCGAAGGACGUCUUGGACGGCAUGACGGGUUACAUGAAGCACUUCUUCGGCUGUUCCUUCUGUUCGAGGCACUUCCUGAAAAUGGCCGUCACCUUCCCGGGCAACGUCACCACCACGGAAGACAGUGUCCUCUGGCUCUGGAAGGCCCAUAACUCCGUCAACAGGAGACUCUUCGGAGACGAGACGGAAGAUCCGACACACUACAAACACCAAUUCCCGCCAAAGAACGUCUGCAAGAAUUGUACGGCUGAAGAUGGAAUGUACGACGACGAAGCAGUCUUGCCUUUCUUAAGAGAAAUGUACACUUAUAUAAGUCCAAUCGUCGGUUGACCUCGAUAGUUGAACAAAAUUUUAAAAAGUGAUAUAAUAAAACAAAUACCAACCAUUUGCUCCUUCCAUAUUAUAUUAAGUAAGUGUUAUUU